UGCUCCUAGUUCUUGCUCUUCAACUGUGCCAUCUUGAGCAAGUAAGUUCCGAAGAUUGCUUUCCCGUUUCGUGCCACCGCUUUCGGUAACUUAUCAUUCGUGGUCACCCGGAGUUAAUUGAAUAUGUGCCUCUGUUGCUCCCCGACGAUGUGAGCCCCUCGCAGUCGCGCCGUUAUGUCUCUUGGCAGUAACUAGGAUGCCCGGCCAACUGCCGUGCCCACGUCACCCGCUGUGCUUUGUCGGUAUUGACCUGUAAGCACUCGGCAGCUCCUGCUGAACAUUGUCGUAGGCACACAAGACACACACUCACCAAAGAAAGGCACUUCCUGUCAAGAAAGGAACAAGGCAGCCUACUCGAAACUACAACACAGCUAGGAAACUAACAACAGCCCAAGGUAGCGCCAAGCAAAAGUGAUGGCUGCCAACCAUGAUAGAAAGAAUGAUGACUGCUACUUUUACUUUUACUCGACGUGCACCAAGGGGGAUGACUGUCCCUUCCGGCACUGCGAAGCAGCUCUGGGCACAGAAACGGUGUGCCCAGCCUGGAAGGAAGGCAACUGCAUGAAGAAGUCGUGCAAGUUCAGGCACAUGGAGAGCAGGAAGAACAGGUCACAAAUCCCGUGUUACUGGGAGAACCAGCCAUCUGGAUGUCGCAAGCCCCACUGCGUUUUCCUGCACAGCCGGCCCCGUGCUGCCAUCCCAGAUGUGCUAGGCGCCCAGCGGGCACCGGGCUUGAUCCUGCCGGUGCCUGCGGCCCCUGUGGUAGCCCCCGAAGCAGCUACCCUGGUGGUGGCCCCUGGGGCCAAGCAGCCUGACCUGACCGCCACCCUUCCCCAAGCCAUUGAACCGGUGGUCGUCAACUUUGAUGAAGAGUCUGACAACGAGAGCACCUUCGGAACGCCACAGAAAAGUCGCACUUCGCCUUCGCCCCUCUGCGGACAAACCGGAGACCGAAGUCCGUGUAGAGGUUGCGAAGACCCGCUGCCGUUUCAAGUCAAGACGCUCGCCCAGAUUCGACAAGAAAAGGCCAUUGCCCACCCCGCGGUUACAAGCACGGAAGAGCUGUACCUUCCGGUCGCUGUUGAUUCAGAGCGAUUACAAGAGGAAAGGCUGCUCAAGCGCAUCUUGGGUGUGGCUGAAGUCUACACUGCUGCCUUGGAGACAGAGAAGAAGUUAAACGUUGCAGACGAAGUCGUGGACCUGCGACAGAAGCUCGCCAGAAAGAGAAAGCCAGAAAACGCGGAUGACGUCGACAGCGGGAAAGGAAAACUAUUGAAGCACGGCGAGGCGACUCCAGUGGCUCCCGUACUCAUCGGGCGUCCAGACUUCAAGGAAACGAGCCGUAGGAUCGUCAUCGGCAAACACUCUACGCGGCCGCGCAGGGCUACACUGUCAGUGACCAAGCGUACCGUCUUGGAACAGGAGACCGCCGUCAGUUCGAGCACUCCUGACAGUGAGUUAGAAGCUGGCGACGUCGUCCGGAGAUUGGACGACUUUAUUGCCGGCGACGACGACAUCACAGCGUCGGACGAACUGGACCUCUCCGCAACAGAUGCGCUGGAAGACUUGGACGGCGACCUCGGCUUGCUCUGACACAGCUGGAAAUUUCUUGACUGGUUUUGACUGCGGCGUUGUUGCACGGCAUCUUUAAGAAUCGUAGAUGUUUCGCCGCCAUGCGGCAGUGCUGUCCGCGGUUACUAGCGAGGCACGCAUGCAAAGCUGUCAUCCUCGUGCGUCACUUCCAAGACCUGUCUUUUUUUUUUCUUUGUUUGAGUGAUGACGAUGAAGAAAGUGCCAUAAUAGGAUUGCUCAAGCUACAGAGGCAAGUACAACAACGCGUUCGAUGAAUCUUCAAUUGAUUUUGGAACUUACAACGCCCGAGGAACUGGAGUUCCCGCGCGUUGACCGCAGUGCAUUUACGCGGUCGUUUUCUUUUGUAUGUAUAUUUUAUUUUUGUAUCGUUUUCUCGGAAUGAGCUUAGUCGUUUCUUUUUGAGCAUCUGCUUCUUGUAACAUAGUAUUCAGUUUAUUAUUAUUUUUUUUUACAUCUGGUGUACAUACUUGUACAUACGUGCAUAUGCCACAGUGUUCCAUUGUGUGUGUGAGGCUUUGAGAAGGUCUGCAGGCCGUUCUGAAUGUUUGUAUAGUCAUUAAUGUAAUGUUGACGAGCUUACUUGGACACGUAAUAAAAAUGACGUUAUAUUUGAUCGACAGGAAACGUAUUCGCUUCGAUCUGUUCUGGCUGUACGGAGAAACGAUGAACGUCUCCUACUUGUACAGUGUUCAAGUUACACAGCGUGAAAAUGGUCGCGUUUCGACCGCAGGUUUUGUUUGACCUAGUAAUCGUUCUUUUUUUGUGCUCAGCGCAAAAAAAAAAAGAAAAAGAAAUUGUUACAGAAUCAUGACUGAGGUGAUGAACAUCAAGAUUCUUGAUUUUUCUUUUUUUGCUGGAAAUGUUACUUAAAACGAGUAAAUUCGUUUAAAAAAUUGCAUUUUUGUUAGGUGUUGCUCUCAAUUUCAAACUACGCUCGUGCAUUCAUUGAAGCGCACACCAGUCUGUUAUUUCGUGCUGUUAUUAGUUUUUUGUCGCGUGCCAUGAUUCGGCGUUUCACUGAGUGUAAAUUGUCUGUGAUUCGGGUUAUUUUCGUCCGGUGAUGAACGAUGUUGAAGUUCGUCCUUAUCUUAAUUUUUCGUGUACUUUCUUUUUCUGCUGGAUGUUGUUUCAUUUGAACGAAUGUUGUUUUCAUUUGAACACGACUGCGUGUUCAGCCCGAGUCUUCGUCUGGAGUCGAGCAAAUAUCUUGAAACGGCUUAGACUAAGCUCGGUGGAUUUCUUUAUUGUGUACAAAUAAAUUACACAGUGCGCGU